AGAUUGAUAAUAAAAAAUCCAAAAUGGCCACUGGAAGAUAGCAAAUCUGUCAGUGGAUGUGGUUUUUGUGUUAUUUGUGGUUUAUUUUCUGAUAAUAAUGGUGCUAGUGCAUUAAAUAAUGGUUUUAUACAGUGUCCUCUCAAAGAAGUAACAAGCCGUUCCGAAAAUGGUAUCCGAAGAAUUCAUAAAAGCGGAAUAUCCAUUACAUUGGUGUGUAUGGCACAAUGACUACCAGAACUUAAAAUCUCUACUUAAUUCUAAAGAGCAUGAUAAAGAAAAACAAGAUAAUAGGGGGCGAACUCCCUUAAUGUUGGCUGUCACAUUGGGGCAUUUGGAAUCCACUAGAACUUUAUUGAAUUCUGAAGCCAACGUUAAUUGUGAGAAUAUGAAUGGAUGGACAGUUGUACAAGAGGCUGUGGCUACAGGUGAUCCAGAACUAUUGCAAAUAGUUUUGGAAAGUAGGGAUGUUCAAAGAUACACUAGUCGUAUGGCAGGUAUUCCUGAACUGUUACAAAAAUUAAAAGAAGCACCUGAUUUUUAUGUUGAAAUGAAAUGGGAAUUCACCAGUUGGGUGCCUUUGGUGUCACGAAUGUGUCCAAGUGAUACUUACAAAGUAUAUAAACAAGGGUCCAGUGUGCGAAUAGAUACAACAUUAUUGGGAUUCGAUCACACUAGUUGGCAGAGAGGAAACAGAAGUUACAUAUUUCAAGGCCAAAAUGAUGGUGCCACCAUGAUGGAGAUCGACCACGACCUACAGCAAGUGUAUUGCGAACAGAUGCGGACCACGGAAGAGUCGUUGGGAGUGCUGAUACCGAACGAAGAAUCGGUGUCUCAGAGGCUAACCACACCUAUCGUUACGACGUACAUAGACACCGAGAAAAUUAGCUUUGAAAGGAAUAAAGCCGGCAUGUGGGGCUGGCGAUCGGACAAGACUGAAGUGAUAAACGGGUACGAGUGCAAAGUGUUCAGCGCGACGAACGUGGAACUGGUGACGAAAACGAGAAGCGAACACCUCACGGAAACGGACAAGGCGCGCAGCAAAAACAACAAGCACCCUUUGCAGAACUUCCUCGGUAUAGCCGAGGUGGGGGAGAGUCAGGCGGCCGCCUUACUACCGAACAAUUGUAUGUUCCAGGAAGAAUACUCGAACUCGAGCAACCCGUGCAACAUAACGCCCGACGAAUACUUCGAUUGCUCGGUGGACCUAUCGGCUCUAGGCAGAGACAUAGGCCGGCCCAAGGAGGUCAACGUCAAGGUCCAGAAGUUCAAGGCCAACCUGUGGUUGUGCGAGAACUACCCGCUCUCGCUGCCCGAGCAGAUCCUGCCGAUAGUGGACCUGAUGGCCAUCUCCAGCACGCAUUUCGCCAAGUUGAAGGACUUCAUUCAGAUGCAGCUUCCGGCUGGUUUUCCAGUCAAAAUAGAAAUUCCACUGUUUCAUGUCCUAAACGCGAGAAUAACUUUUGGCAAUAUAUUCGCAAUGGAUGCCAAAGUACCAUAUGUCACCAAAGUUGAAGAAGAAGAUAGGGUCACCUGUGUCUUGGAUGAAGGUUUAUUCAGGUGUCCCUCAGGGUAUUCCCAGAUUGGUAAUAAUGGUGUUGAUGGUCGGCGACAAUUUGGUAUGGAAGAAGAGGAUGAUCUGCUUCAGUUUGCUAUACAACAAAGUCUUAUAGAUGCUGGUACAGAAAAAGAAGAGGUUGAUAUAUGGGAAGCUCUAAAAGCUCAGAAACCGUCCAGGCCCACUACACCGAAUUUACUUGGAGAAGAAGAACGGCAGUUACAAAGAGCGAUCCAAGCCAGCUUAGAGCUUUAUCAGCACGACACCGAAGAUCCGGAAGUGCCGGAGUCGAGUACCCCGGAAGGCGACAGCGACUUGCACAUGGCCCUCUUGUUGUCGCAAAAAGAACUAGAAAGGAAACGGCAAAGGGAGGAAGAGGAGCGAAAAGAGGAACAACAGCUGCUGGAAGAGAUAUUGGCACUGUCCCUGAAGGAAAAGUAA